AUGAAGUCCUUUGAGCGCCUUGUGUUUUCACACCUCAAAGACAUCACCGACCCCCUCCUGGACCCCCUGCAGUUUGCCUACAGAGCCAACAGGUCUGUAGACGAUGCAGUCAACUUGGCCCUCCACUACAUCCUCCAGCACCUGGACUCCGCAGGAACCUACGCCAGGAUCCUGUUUGUGGAUUUCAGCUCUGCCUUUAACACCAUCAUCCCGGCUCUGCUUCAGGAGAAGCUCUCCCAGCUUGGUGUGCCUGACUCCACCUGCAGGUGGAUCACUGACUUCCUGUCUGACAGGAAGGAGCAUGUGAAGCUGGGGAACCACGUCUCCUACUUGCAGACCAUCAGCACCGGAUCCCCCCAGGGCUGCGUUCUUUCUCCUCUGCUCUUCUCCCUGUACACUAACCGCUGCACCUCCAUAAAUGUUCCCUUCCUCUCCCCAACCCCACUUGUUCUCUUCAAGAUCCCGCAGAUCAGCUAUGCGUCAACAGCCCCGGAGUUGAGCGAUGACAGGCGCUAUGAUUUCUUCUCACGGGUGGUUCCUCCAGACUCAUUCCAGGCCCAGGCCAUGGUGGACAUUAUCCGAGCCCUGGGCUGGACUUACGUCUCCACCAUCGCCUCAGAGGGCAGCUAUGGAGAGAAGGGAGUGGAGGCCUUCACACAACUCUCUAAAGAAGCAGGUGGAAUCUGUAUCGCCCAGUCUUUGAAAAUUCCCCACAACCCCAAGCUGGAGGAUUAUGACAAAGCCAUCCAACAACUGCUGGAAACGCAGCACUCACGGGCAGUCAUCAUCUUUGCCAGUGAAGAAGACAUACGGGGAGUUCUCAAUGCCACCAAAAGGGCGAAUCAGGUGGGCCAUUUCCUGUGGAUUGGAUCUGACAGCUGGGGGGCUAAGAGCAGCCCGAUCCACCAGCUCGAUGAUGUAGCCGUGGGAGCAGUCACUAUACUGCCCAAACGCUCCUCAAUUGAAGGGUUUGAUGAAUACUUUACUGGGCUCACCCUCGAGAACAACCGCAGGAACGUGUGGUUUGCUGAGUUCUGGGAGGAAAACUUUGACUGCAGGCUCCUCAGUGCCUCGAAGAGAGAGGAUACCAGCCGUAAAUGCACAGGCAAGGAGCGCAUCGGGAACGACUCCAAGUAUGAACAGGAAGGGAAGGUGCAGUUUGUGAUUGACGCGGUUUACGCCAUGGCCCACGCUCUCCACAGCAUGCACAAGGACUUAUGUCCUGAUCACCCUGGUGUUUGUCCACAAAUGGAGUCUGCUGAGGGAAAGACUCUGCUGAAGUACAUACGAAACACCAGCUUCAACGGCAGUGCUGGCACCUCUGUUGUGUUCAACAAGAACGGCGAUGCUCCAGGACGCUAUGACCUGUUCCAGUUCCAGAUGACCAACUCCUCUACCCCAGAAUAUAAGGUGGUAGGACAGUGGGUGGAGAACCUCCAGCUCAGGCUGGAGGAGCUUCAAUGGCCAGAUGGGGAGCAGGAGGUCCCUAUCUCUGUGUGCAGUCUGCCCUGCAAAACUGGAGAGAGGAAGAAGAGAGUAAAGGGCAUGCCGUGCUGCUGGCACUGUGAGCUUUGUGAUGGCUACCAGUACCAGUACGACGAGACUUCCUGCAGACUGUGUGCCUACAACAUGAGGCCCAACCCUAACAGGACCGCCUGUCAGCCCAUCCCCAUUGUCAAGCUGGAGUGGCACUCCCCUUGGGCAAUUAUCCCCGUCUUCCUGGCCAUGCUCGGUAUCAUUGCCACCAUCUUUGUCAUGGCGACCUUCGUACGCUACAAUGACACACCCAUUGUGCGGGCGUCGGGCCGAGAGCUGAGCUACGUGCUGCUAACUGGCAUCUUUCUGUGUUACAUCAUAACCUUCCUCAUGAUUGCCAAACCUGACGUAGCCGUGUGCGCUUUCAGGCGGAUCUUCCUGGGCCUGGGCAUGUGCAUCAGCUACGCCGCGCUGCUCACCAAGACCAACCGUAUCUAUCGGAUCUUCGAGCAGGGCAAGCAGACAGUCACAGCCCCGCGCUUCAUCAGUCCCACCUCCCAGAUUGCCAUCACUUCCAGUCUGAUCUGUGUGCAGCUGUUGGGCGUGCUGGUGUGGUUCGCCGUGGACCCUCCGAACACCAUCGUCGACUACGAUGAGCAGAAAACCAUUAACCCCAUGCUGGCCCGUGGCGUGCUGAAGUGUGACAUCACAGACCUACAGAUAAUCUGCUCGUUGGGCUACAGCAUCCUGUUGAUGGUGACCUGCACCAUCUACGCCAUCAAGACAAGGGAUGUACCAGAAGACUUCAAUGAAGCCAAGCCCAUUGGCUUCACUAUGUACACCACUUGCAUAGUCUGGCUGGCCUUCAUCCCAAUUUUCUUUGGCACAGCCCAGUCAGCAGAGAAGCUAUACAUUCAGACAACCACCCUGACCAUCUCCAUGAACCUCAGUGCCUCAGUAGCACUGGGCAUGCUCUACAUGCCCAAGGUGUACAUCAUUAUCUUCCACCCUGAGAUGAACGUACAGAAGAGGAAGCGUAGCUUCAAGGCUGUGGUCACAGCUGCCACAAUGUCAUCACGUCUGUCCCAGAAGCCCAACGAGAGGCCCAAUGGAGAGGCUAAGACUGAGCUGUGUGAGAACCCUGCUGCUGACCCCAUGAGGAGGGCAGCUCUAGAGGAACAGAGAAAGAGAGACAGGAGGGCGAGCGCAGGCAUCACAGCACCACCUGCAGUACCUAUGCACUCCAGGACUGUGGAUAGCAUCCAACCUUCAUCCAGACAUGAUACAUGAGUACUGACAGAGACUAGCACAGCUGUAGGCCAGUGUGGCUGGGUUGGCAUAACCAACCAAACUGUAGGUUUUAAACUUGUGUUGUGGCCCCUUUUCUCUCUGACCGAGAACAACUUGCCUGCUAAAAGGGGUCACUGUGAACGAGGACAUACCGCAAAAUAAAAAGGACAGUGGAUCUGCUUUCAAGAUAUUUUCUUUUGAAAUGUCAUAAAGCCAUAUUCUCUUGGGGUUCCCAUUAUCAGAUUUUUUGUUUUGUAUUGUUUCAGUGAUUUUCUUCUGUGCCUCUUUUUCUUGCAGUUGAUUUAAUUACCUUGAACAGCAAGCUCUGCCACAUAGAGUAUACUUUGUUUUACUGAAACCAACUCAAAUCAGUCCCAGAUGAUUAUUAUUAUUAUGUCAGAGUGAUGGGCAUUGUAAGUAUGUUUUUU